GGAAGUGGUUGGCUGAAAAUGACAUUCUGCUCCCCACGUGCGUUUGGUUUGCAGAGACAACAUGGCAGCAAGCAGUGUUGAGGAGCUGCUGGCUAAAGCAGAGCAAGACGAAGCAGAAAAACAAAAAAGUAUCACCGUAAAGAAGGACCUAGAUUUGGUGUUUGACAUCGGUAACCUGCUGGCAUGUGAUCCGAACCGCGUUGAACUGCGCCAACAGAACAGAGAGGAGUUUUUGAAAGAGCUGGCCAGGGACAACACGCAGCUACUAAUAAACGAGAUAUGGAAAGUGCCGACUGAGAGGGUUGAGGAGGCGAUAGUGGCUAAACUACCCGACCCAGCGACACCUUUGCCGAGAGAAAAGCCUCCACCGAAGCCCAAACCCCCGACUAAAUGGGAGCAGUUCGCCAAGCUGAAGGGGAUACAGAAGAAAAAGAAGACAAAUCUGGUAUGGGAUGAAAAUGCUAAGGAAUGGAGGAGGCGAUGGGGCUAUAAAAGAGCUAAUGAUGACACUAAAGACUGGUUGAUUGAGGUGCCCAACAAGGCUGACCCAAAUGAGGACCAGUUUGCUAAACGCGUAAAAGCCAAGAAAGAGCGCGUGGCAAAGAACGAGCUGAACAGGUUGAAGAACAUCGCCAGGGCCCAAAAGAUCAAAAUACCAACAACGGGGCUGACUCCCAAAGCGCAACAAUCCAAAGACGAGUUGGCCCUAGCUGUAAGCGUGGCCAAAACAUCCACAGCAUCCGUGGGCAGGUUCCAGGACCAGCUGCCCAAAGAGAAGGCCUCCAAGAAGAAAGGUCAGAAGAGGAAGUUUGAGCCGGUCAUUGGAGACUUUUCAAACGAGAAACAGAAACAGCUGGAUCUCCUUCAAAUUAUGGACAGCAAGAAGCCCAAGUUGAAUGUAACCAAAGCUGUCAAUAAGCAAAUGAGAGAGGAGGACAAAGAAGCGGCUGCUGCUAAAUAUAAGAGAGGAGCUGGGAAGAAAGGACGUAAGGGGAACAUGCCUGGAAAAGGCAGGGGCCCGGCGGGUAAAGGUGGUAAAGGCGGUAAAGGUGGUAAAGGUAAAGGGGGUAAAGCAGCAGGAGGAGGUGGGGGCAAGCGAAAAGGCAAACCUGGAAAGAAAUGAGUGUAGACUGUGAUAUCUUCAAUUCAGACUGUGCCUUGUCAUUACACGGACUAUUGUGUACAAAUAUAAGUUCACACAUGACUCUUCUGUUAAUGAAAUGUAAUUGUAAAUAUUCCCCCAAGCUUUUUGGUGAUAAUAAAUGUCUUUACUAUGUCAAUUGGGCUAGUGAAGUAUAA